AUGGCCAUGUCAUCUUCGCUGGAAGUGCUAAAGAACACGCUGGAGGAGAUUGUCAAGGACCCGCGAUACCAUGAUCUCUUGUCCUUAGUCAAGACGGCGCGCAAUGGUAUUAUCUACGGAACCAAGGUGCGGUUUCCGCAUGCGCUGGUGAUGGUGUUUCUCUUCCGCUCUGGAACAUUCCCACAGAAAGUAAACCUAGUCCUUCGAGCGACAAGACAUCAUGCCACCAACCUGGCGCGCUUUGCCCUUAUUUAUAAGCUGACCAUGCUUGCACUCAAAUACUUUGGCGCAGAGCCUGGAAAGGAGGGAACAUACGAUUCCUUCGUUGGUGGUCUUGUUGGCGGAUAUUUCGUCUUCGGCGGUCGUUCCAAGCGUACGGGAAAGAUCUCAUCGGUCAACCAGCAGAUCGUCAUCUACGUCUUUGCGCGAGUGAUGCUCGCACUCGCCCGUAUCGCCGUUAAGCCAGGCCACGGAUUCCCAUUCGUAUCGUCCGAACCUCUCCAUGGAGUCAUUAAUCAAUAUGCUUGGCCUGCGUUCGCGUCGCUCUCGUGGGCCAUGGUGAUGUUGAUCUUCCGAUACCAUCCCGAGGAGCUGCAGUCGAGCUUGAGAAGCAGUAUGACGUACAUUUACAAGGACUGCAAUGACUUUGACUCGCUCCGAACUUUGCUUUGGCAUAACAAAUAG